CUCCCCGUGGCAACGCACGUCAACUGGGAUCAAGUAUCACAGGCUGAAUUGCAGGGGAUCUCGGAGCAGCAAGGGCCCCAGAGAUGCAGUGUGUAGGCCCACCGAUGUGUGGACAUGUCCUAGCACUCAUCAACCUUAACCCAACCAUGGGCAAAUGGUCGGCCAGAUGAGUGUCGUCAACUUUGGCAAGUAACUCAUCUAGGAGAAGGAAACUCUGAUAUAAAACCUGGGUAGAAUGGAUUCAUUAUCUGAGGUAGGGAACCAUUCUAGAGGAAGGUAACCUUGAAUACAAAUCCCUGGCCCAACAGGUUGGAGGUUGAACAAGGGGGUAAUCUCUCCUUCUCGUAAAAAAAAAUAUUGAUUACGGAAACAAGGACUAGAAAUAAUUCAACUUUUCUCCAGACCUCAGGAUACCAGCAGAAUCCUGCAUGUAUGAAUGCUUCUAGUGAAAUCCAACAGGUAGGUAGCAGCAUGAAGAGUAUACUGAAUACGAGAACCAAGCUAAGAGUAGGCUUCUGGAAUGUCCGUACAAUGUAUGAGACCGGAAAGCAGGCUCAAGUCUUAAGAGAGAUGAAAGAGAACAAGCUGCACAUUCUAGGUGUAAGUGAGUGCAGAUGGACAGAUUUUGGAAAGAAUACAACAAGUACAGGAGAAACAAUAGUAUUCUCAGGGAGAAAAGAUGGACGUCAUCAUGAAGGAGUAGCAAUCAUUUUAUCUAAACCAACUGCUAAGUCAUUAAUAGAAUAUCAUCCAGUUAAUGAAAGAAUAAUAAGAGCAAGACUAAACACCAAGCCAGUCAAAACACCCAUAAUACAGGUCUAUUCUCCAACAAAUGAUGCAGAAAGUGAUGUUAAACAAGAUUUUUAUGAGGCACUUCAAGCUGAAAGAAACGAUUCCUAAGCAUGAUUUGACGAUAGUUAUGGGAGACCUCAAUGCAAAAGUAGGAAACAACAACACAGGAUUCGAGCGAGUGAUUGGCAAAUAUGGAUGUGGUGUCAUGAAUAAAAACGGAGAGCAGUUUGUAGAAUUUUGUGGAAACAAUAACCUUGUCAUCGGCGGAACACUCUUUCCACAUAAAGAUAUUCACAAACUAACAUGGGCAUCACCUGGAGGACGAGAUAAGAAUAAGAUUGACCACAUCGCAAUUAAUGGUAAAUGGACGAGGUCACUCCAAGAUGUGAGAGUAAGACGAGGAGCUGACGUAGGGAGUGACCACCACCUAGUCACUGCUAACAUCAAGUUGAAAUUGAAGAAAAUAGCACCAAAGUCAAAUAUUAAAAAGUACGACACAGGGAAACUUAGUGACAACAAUAUCAAACAAAACUUCAGAAUAGAGCUAAGAAACAAAUUCCACGUCUUACAAAACAGCCACAUAGAAAAUGAAAACCAAAUAGACGAACAUUGGAACAGGGUGAGAGAUACCUUCAGCACAACAAGCGAAAAAGUAUUGGGCUUUAGAAGACAAUUUCAUAAAGAAUGGAUUACAUCAGAAACGUGAAAGCUAAUAGAUAAGAGAAAAGACCUUAAGAGGAAGCUAUGUAACACACACUCUGAUAUAAUAAAAGAUAAACUUGCAGAACAAUAUAGCAGCAGCAAUAGAGAAGUUAAAAAAGGAUAGACAAAACUUUAUAGAAGGGAUGGCAAAGGAAGCUGAGAAAGCUGCCUCCGAGCAGAGAAUGGGAGAUCUUUACCAGAUAAUCAAAAAACUAUGUGGGAAGAGAAGAAACGCAAACAUGCCAGUAAGAGACAAACAAGGAGCACUGAUAACAUCAGAAAGACAGCAAUAUGAGAGGUGGAAAGAACAUUUUGAAGAGGUUCUUAAUAGACCAGAACCCACUGUAUUAGCAGAAAUCCAAGAAGCAGAAGAUGACUUAGUAAUAAACAUUAAGGAACCGUCAAAAAUAUAGAUUAUGAAAACAAUUACGACACUAAAAAAUAACAAAGCAUCUGGACACGGUCAGCUACCACCAGAAAUAUUUAAAGCUGAUCCCACACUAGCAGCAACUAUACCCCACCCACUUUUCUGCAAGAUCUGGAACGAAAACAUCAUACCAAAUAUAUGGGCUGAAGGGAGCAUUACUAUACUGCCAAAGAAAGGAGAUCUAACCAACUGCAAUAACUAGAGAUGUAUCACCAUACUUUCCAUACCUAGCAAAGUUUUUAGUAAAA